AUGGUCGAUCAUGGUGUACACAACCUCUCCAAUCUUUCACCAAAUUCUUUCAUCAACGAUCGUUAUACCAAAGAGUACAUAUUAUUAUUAAGCUUGUUAGCAGCACUGAUAUUCCUCAUCAAUUUAAUGGUAAUUUCGCUCUUUGCAACACGCGAUAAUCUGCGUACGAAAACGAACACGAUCCUAGUAAGUCUCGCAUGGUCGGAUAUGUUGAACGGCUUGGUGGUGAUUCCACUUCAGAUUAUGGCAAGCAAACAUACCCAAGAGCAAUCCUUACGUUUGGCAUCAAUGGUGUUGUACCGCUUCAUCGCAGUCUCUACAAUGUUACAUAUACUUGCGGUAAUAUUAGAACGCCAUAUUUGUAUCCUAUCACCGUUGAGGUACCAUAGUUUGGUAACCAAAUCACGUGUCAUCAAAACCCUCGGCUUUAUUUGGUUCGUUUCAAUUUGUAACUCCGUCGUCUCUCUAUCCUGGAUUUCAUUGGCAGACGAGUACAAUCAUUUAAAGCAACCCCCAGGGCUACAAGAAUCGAAAUUACUACGCUUCGAACUCGCAUACACUUUGUUUACAGUCCUCCUGUUCUUUGUAAUCCCGCUUAUAAUCAUGGCGUACAGUUUUACAAAGAUUCUAUGUGAAAUUUCGCGACACAACAGGCGAGAUUCAGAGCUCAUGUUGGAGUCUUCCGUCAGGAACAGCAGUAGUACUGACAGUGCCAGUGGUGAAACAGAGAAUCGGGCACACCAGACCUACAGGUUUGAACGCAAACCAGUUUUGAUUUUUCUAACCAUGUUGUUAGUCUUCAGUAUUACGUGGUCAUCCUGGUACGCUCAGAAUCUAAUUCUUUGCAUCUCUCCAAAACAUUAUAAACCAGUUGGUGGAAGAUGGCCCGCGUUUGUACGUUCUUCGACAUCUAUAAUCAACCCUCUUCUUUAUUCGCUGAUAAAAAAAGACUUUCGACAAGCAUUGAAAAGUUGGUUGAAUCAAAUAAGAAAUUUAGUGAUCUCUCGUAAAACAAGCGAACAAGAUUUAACAUCUAAAUUUACCAUCGAAGCAUAA